AAUUUAAUGAUAUACUAGCUGCAUUUUUUCCAUUUCACUACCAAAAGGACUUUUUAGACUUCUACGGAAUAUGUGGCUGAUGGCAUUGCUGGUGUUGAUGGUAAUUUUCGUGCUCAUUGCGUUUGUCAACUAUUGGAAAUAUCAAAAACUGAUUUUUGCGGAACCUUUUCUCCAUGCCUUGAAAAUAAUCAUGUGCAUGUACGGCCAAGUAUUCAAGGAUAGAACAUUUUUCAACUUUAUGCUACAUCUAAUAUUUCUCAUCGUGGGACUAUUUCUGACCAAUAGCUAUGUCUGCAAUCUCUCCAGCAUGUAUACCUCGCGAAUUUAUGAGCCGGAUUUGAAAACCCUUGAAGAUGUAGGACGCACUCAACUAGGUAUUCAAGUCUAUUCCGAAGAAUAUGAUGAAUAUAUGGCCAAAAAAAAUUUGCCACCUGUGAUUUACGAACGCAUGUUUGUGGGCAACAAUAGCGAAUUCUAUGCAAAUCGCCAAAAUUUGAAUUUAGUCAAUAUAUACAUGGGCGGUGAUCAUAUUGUGGAUUUUGUACUCUUCCAGCAGUUAUAUUUGAAACGGCCUUGGGCCAAAUACAUUCCAGAGCCCUUGUUCACCAUACCAAGCUCAAUAAAAAUUCCCCAUCGUUCACCCUUCAUAGAGCUCUUCAAUCGGCAUUUGGGGUAUCUUGAGGAUAGCGGAAUCUUGGACAAGUUUAAAAGUGAUAGUCAAUGGGAUGGUAUUUUAAGUGGCACUACGCAAUUCUUUCAGGAUACUGAAAUCAAUCGUUCAAUGUCAAUGGCGUAUGUGCAAAAUGCAUUUGUAAUGUGGUUCUUGGGUAUGUUUUUGGGAUUUAUAGCAUUCGCAGGAGAAAUUGUCUUCGUUUGGAAACACAAAAUGUAAUUAAUUGGAGUUAGAAUUCAUUGAUGCGGUGAAAGGAAAUUCUAUAUGUAAUUGCGCUGCUGAUGCCAUAUUUCUUUAAUUUUUUAACAUUGAUAAAUAAUGC